AUGAUCACACUGUACGGCCUUUCGCAAAAGUCCUCGGGAAGUGUACAAAUGAGCAAUACUAGUACCCCCUCAAAUGCAAGAGCCCGAGCCAUGCGCCUUGAAGCGGCGCGUGAAGUAGCUCGGCUAGUUGAACUUCGUCGACGACUAUGGGGUUUGGAUCGUAUUUCUGCGCCCCUCAGCCAGUGGGUAACAAUCUCGCUGCUCACUCUACUGGAGGAUCUGUCUACACCAGAGAGCAAAGAGGCGUUUGUCAGCCUUUGUGUUGCACUGCGUGUAUCAGCUCGGCGAUGGGAGCAUUCAAAGGGUCUCCUCCGGCUCACGCAGCAUCUCGCAUUUCAGUCAUGUUUGACGUUACCUCCGGAAACUAUUCCACUGUAUCGGGACUUUCAAGAUUUGAAAUGGGGCCCAGAGGAUGAUGAGAAAUUCGGUGCACUGGGUCAAAGCUUUUGGAUGUGA